CCCCCCCCCGCCAUUUCCCCGCCUCUUUUGCGGCACUGGAGAGAGAAUCCAGGCGGCAACUUCCAGCCCCGAAGCCCUGCUGCCGUGGCCGCUUCGCCUCGGCCUUAAGGAGGCGCUUGGGCUGGCCUUGGCCGGACGAAGAGCGCGAGGGCCUGGAGGCCCCCACCGAGCUGGGAGCAGCCCGGCAUGAACAAGUCGGAGAUGGCGGACGAAGCCCUGUUCCUGUUACUGCACAACGAGAUAGUCUCCGGGCUGUACCGCGCCGCGGAGCAAGGCGACGGGGAAAAUGGACGAUGCAUCACAAAACUGGAAAACAUGGGAUUUAGAGUAGGACAGGGAUUAAUAGAAAGAUUCACCAAAGAUACUGCCAGGUUCAAGGAUGAAUUAGAUAUAAUGAAGUUUAUCUGCAAAGAUUUUUGGACAACUGCAUUCAAAAAACAAAUUGAUAAUCUCAGGACCAAUCAUCAGGGCAUCUAUGUACUUCAGGAUAACAAAUUCCGUCUCCUCACUCAAAUGUCUGCUGGAAAACAAUAUUUGGAACAUGCCCCUAAGUAUUUGGCAUUUACAUGUGGAUUAAUCAGAGGUGCUUUAUCAAACUUGGGGAUAAAAAGUAUUGUGACAGCAGAGGUUUCAACAAUGCCUGCAUGCAAAUUUCAGGUGAUGAUACAGAAGAUAUAGACAUAUGUAGAAUCUACUUCCCGCCCUAUAAAAUGGCAAAAUAAACUGUAUAUUUUAUUUAUAAUUGUUACAUGCAGCUGUCCUGUGUUGUAUAUAAUAUUGGUUUGGCUAAACUAAACAGUCUUAACUCUAAUUUUUGGAUAUGAUCAAUGGUCAUAUCAACUCUAAUAUUCAGAUAGGAUUAAUACUUAUUUUCUUAAAUUGUCUUGUACAAGUGUGUACAAAUGUGUUUUCAAGAUGUAUUUUGUAAGUUUGUAAAUAUGGAACAGAAACCUUGAUUAAAUGCCAAAUUCUAA